AUGUCUAGGAAAUGCGAGGUUUCUAACAAGGUAUUUUCUAAGAAAGGAAAUUUGGUGAGACAUGCAUAAAACUAAAAGAACACACACUAUAGAGAAACCUUAUGAAUGUGAUGUUUGCAACAAAAGAUUUUCAAAGUCAAGCUCAUUAACUAGACAUGAAAGAACACACACUGGAGAGAAACCUUAUGAAUGCGAUGUUUGCAAAAAAAGAAUUUCACAAUCGAGCAACUUGGCUACCCAUGAAAAAAACACAUACUGGAGAUAAACCUUAUGAAUGUGAUGUUUGUAAGAAGAGAUUUUCAUGCUCGGAAAACUUAACUGUACAUAAAAGAACACACACUGGAGAGAAACCUUAUGAAUGUGGUGUUUGCAGCAAAAGAUUUUCAAAGUCAGGUCAUUUAACUGUACAUAAGAGAACACAUACUACAGAAAAACCUUAUGAAUGCGAUGUUUGCAACAAACGAUUUUUGCACUCAAGUCACCUAGCGGCUCAUAAGAGAACACACACUGGCACUGGAGACAAACCUUAUAAAUGUGAUGUUUGCAACAAAAGAUUUUCGCUGUCAAGUCACUUAACGGUUCAUAAGAGAACACACACUGGAGAGAAACCUUAUGAAUGUGAUGUUUGCAACAAAAGAUUUUCGCUGUCAAGUCACUUAGCGGUUCAUAAGAGAACACACACUGGAGAGAAACCUUAUGAAUGUGAUGUUUGCAGCAAAAGAUUUUCUGACGCAAGCACCCUAACUAAACAUAAGAGAACACACAUUGGAGACAAACCUUAUGAAUGUGAUGUUUGCAACAAACGAUUUUCACACUCAAGUCACUUAGCGAUUCAUAAAAGAACACACACUGGAGAGAAACCUUAUGAAUGUGAUGUUUGCCACAAAAGAUUUUCGCAUUCCAACGUCUUAGCUGUUCAUAAAAGAACACACACUGGAGAGAAACCUUAUGAAUGCGAUGUUUGCAACAAAAGAUUUUCGCAGUCAAGCAAUUUAUGUGUUCAUAAGAAAACACACACUGGAGAAAAACCUUAUGAAUGUGAUGUUUGCAACAAACGAUUUUUGCACUCAUCACAUUCAUAAGGUUUGUCUCCAAUGUGUGUUCUCUUAUGUUUAGUUAGGGUGCUUGCGUCAGAAAAUUUUUUGCUGCAAACAUCACAUUCAUAAGGUUUCUCUCCAGUGUGUGUUCUCUUAUGAACCGCUAAGUGACUUGACAGCGAAAAUCUUUUGUUGCAAACAUCACGUUUAUAAGGUUUGUCUCCAGUGUGUGUUCUCUUAUGAGUCGCUAGGUGACUAAGAUUUGUAAGAAGAGAUUUUCACAAUCGAGCACCUUAGGUAGACAUAAAAGUAUGCAUACUUGAGACAAACCUAUAAAAAUGUGACAUUUGCAACAAGAGAUUUUCAAGAAUCACACAAGUUAACACAACAUAAAAUAUCAGCACACAAGAGAAAUGAGAGUUUUGAAUGUGAUGUUUGCAAGAAAACAUUCACAAAACGACAAAGUUUCAAACGUCACUGGAGAUCACACUUGAGAGAUGGCUUAUUAUUGUGCCACACCUGUGGCAGAGAUAUUAUUCAAGGUCAAGGACAUGCUAAUGAGAUACUGAGUGAUGAUCAUUUUGUCUGUGACAAAUGUGACAAACAGUUCCCUGAUAUUGAAAGUUUAUAUCAGCACAAGGCCAAAGACCAUGGUACAUCCUACCAAUGUGAUGUCUGUAAGGAAUUAGAAGCAAGAGAAGCAACUGGUAUUGGUUAUAUCUGUUGUGUCUGCAAUGCCGAGUUUGAAAUCGCCACUGAACUUGAAGAUCAUAUGAGUAUGCAUGUAUGA